AAGGAAAAAUUUAUAUAUCAAAAACCGCAGAAACCUCUCAUCACAUUUCUUGCUCCCAUCAUUUUAUGGCUGUUCAUACAUGGCCGAUUAACAGCUCUCACCUUUCAUUCAUCGAUCAAACAUUCCGUUUGGGACAUAACUGAAAGCCGCCGCCGUUGAAUUAAUAUAAUUAAUCAGCAGGGCAGGCAGUGAAGAAGGUGAGCUGUGAAUCCAAAAAUAUAUGGAAUCAGCGUAAACACGAGCCAGCAGAACCAGAAAGUGGAGACCGCCGCCGCCGGUUCUCCGAGGAUAGCUGCCGGUUCUCCGAGGAUGGCUGCUGGUUCUCCGAGGAUGGCUGCCGGUUCUCCGAGGAUGGCCGCAGGUUCUCCGAGGAUGGCCGGCGGGUCUCCGAUGGCUGCCGGUUCGCCGACGACGGGCGCUUCACCUAGACAAUAUUUUGGAAGUCCGACGUUCAGAGGGUCUCCGAGAACGGCGGAGGUGGGGGAGAUAGACACCAGGGCUCCCUUUCAAUCCGUGAAAGCAGCUGUUAGUUUGUUUGGAGAAGCGGGAUCCUCUCCCAAAUCGCCGGCAGCCCACGCCUUUAAAAAGACGACGGCUAAUAAAUCUCCUGAAGAGAGAGUGGUGGAGAAGGAAAGCCAGCUUCACAUGGCCCUGAACCAACUGGACGCCUACAAGCUCCAACUCCGAAACUCGGAAGCCACAAAAGCCGAAGCCCUACGUGACCUUGAGGAAGCCAGGAAAACCCUCCAAGAUCUAUCCGCCAAGAUUGGAACCAUCAAUAAUCGCUCCGAACAACAACCACCAACCCAACCCCCGCCUACCGCCACCGCCACCGACGACUCCUCCCCGCAACGCCGCCGCGAAACAGACCAGCUCACCAUUGACAACAUCGCUUCCGCCGAAGAACUCAACUCCAUAAAGCAACAGCUGGCGCAACUCCGGCACGACUUCGACGCCGCCAUGGAAGCCAAAACCGCGGCCAUCCAGAAGGCCUCGCGCGCCCAGAAUUCCGCCGUGGUUAACCGCGAGCGAGUCAUCGAGCUUUCCAAAGAGGUGGCCACCUUGCGUGAGGCCUUAGCUAAGCUCACCUCGUCUAUCCACUCCCAAUCCCAAGAAGAAGCCGUCAUCGCCGCCAAACAGGCUUCCCUCAAAUCUCUCCAGAAGGCCAAGGAAGACGCGGAGGCAAAGAUGCAGGCUAUCAAUGAAGAAUUUGACCCGGAUAAUCUCACCCAACAUCUCAAGCUAAAGCUGGACGAAACAAAUAACGAGAUCGAAGUUUUGAGAGAGAAACUAAAGAACGCCAAAUCUGCAGACUUGAAUGCCUGGAAAACCGCAGCUUCUGAACUUGAAACCGCCAAGAAAGCCAUGCAAGAAGUAGUUUCCCUGGAAAACUCACUUAGAACCCAGGUGGAUUCCCUCCAGCAAGAACUGGAAAACAACCCAGAUAACAAAUCUCAACCCAAGUUAUUGAAAACCAAUAAUAAUCCCAGUAAAGAGGAGCUCAAAGAAACCAUUAAAGAAGCAGAUACCAAAGAGGACUUGGAUUGUGAUUAUAUAGCCUCAAAAAUCCUGCAACUAACAUCAGAAGCAGAGCUAGCUAUCCGGGAAGCAGAAGAAAUGAAGAGUUACGCUGAAUCAUUCAGGAAAGAAGCAGAAAUCGCAAGGGUUGCCGCCAAAGAGGCAGAGGAGAAACUAGAAAGUGUUCUAAAAGAGGCAAAAUCAACCAGGCUGCUGACUGCAGCAGAUUCUUCAUCAACAGCGCCCCCUGGAGGAGUUGCUGAUCCACCUGCAAUUUCAAAGUUAAAUGGAACGAUCAAAUUGUCAAAGGGCGAAUAUGAAUCUUUGAAAAAGAAAAUCGAGCAGACAAAGAAACUACCUGACAGUAAGAGUAAGCGGUUGAGCAUUACAAGCUGCCCUUCUGGAUGCUUUAAUUGAAGAAAGCAGAAUGAAAUCAUGAAGAUCAGAGCCAAUAUGAUGAUCAAGAAGAAACCUUUUUCAGUGUAUUUUAUUUUUUCCCAUUAUUCACAGAUUUUUGUUGACACUUUAAUU